UUAUCCUCCCCAAGAACUCAAACGCUCUGGACCACACACGCUCUGGCUGGAACUCGAUCUGAAAGGAAGAAACACAGUCCCUCCGUCCCCGAUCAGCAGCUCAGAAAUCAGAAUGCAAACGGCUACCCUUCAUUUCUCAUGGCCUCCAAUGGCACUGAAACAUCCACAGUUGAAUAGACACUCAACUUUGUUCUUCAAAAUAAAACCAGCAGGUAUCGACAUGAUCGGGAAAAGCCGUCGGCCUUCCAGCAUAAUUCGGUCAUACAAAGUGGUGAUAGAGCACGAAGGCAGCACAACAGCGCUUGAGGUAGAUCCCAAUGAAACCAUCCUCUCCAAGGCACUUGACUCUGGCUUGUCCGUCCCUCAUGACUGCAAGCUUGGGGUCUGCAUGACCUGCCCUGCCAAGCUUCUUAGUGGCUCUGUCGAUCAGAGCGAGGGCAUGCUUAGCGACGAUGUCGUCGAAGGUGGCUAUGCACUGCUCUGCGCCUCCUACCCUCGUUCUGAUUGUCACAUUCGGACCAUUCCCGAGGAUGAACUGCUCUCGCUUCAAUUGGCGACGGCCAAUGACUAGAUUUCUGCUUCAGGCCGGUCUCUGGAGUUGCUUAUUUCAAUGGAAUUCCUGCUUCAGUUCUUUUUUGUUUGUGAGAUGGAAUGAGAUCUCGUAGGUCUAAUUCUACAGUUUUUAUUUCUCAUCAAUGUAAAUGAUAUUGUCUGAGUCUCAAGUUGGCAUGAUUUUUGUGU